UCGGACGAGGCUCACCGGUGACUCAAGAGGAUUGUCCUCGGCCUCUGCUUUUUGCGGUCUCCGGGCACGGCAAAUCUCCGGGCACUGGGGCGUAGAGGCGGGGGAUUGCACUCGAGCAGAACAGAGGGGGGACACUCGAGCGCGCGGUGAUGGCGGCGCUGCUUCGCUGCCUCGCCGCGGCGCUCUGCUUUCGCCUCAAGAGGUUGGCGGUAUGUCUGACGAGUUGGACCCGAAGUCAGUGGCUCCUCCUUCACAACUCGGUUCUCACACGGACCUCUUUGCGGAACCGAGUGCCCGCCGCCUCGGCGGCCCUCCACCGCGACCCGCGAGGACCUCCUCCACACCGCCUUACGCGCCCCCCGAGGGCUCCGACACCUCCGUGAAAUCCCUCCUCGCCUCUCUCCUCCUGCCCCCCUCUGAGCCCCCGACGAGCGGGGCCGGGACCGGCAAGGAGGCCGUGGACCUGCUCCUCUUCUGCGCCGCCGCCCGCGCGGCCUCCGCAGAGGCCCCCGCGCUGCACUGGGUCCCGGAGGGGCUCUCCAAGGCGGCCGCCGCAGCCAUGGAGGAGAUGGCGGCGACGGGCGGGUGGACCGGCAUCGGGGAGAUGUUGGUGGCCAUGAUGCCGGAGACGGUGCCGCCACUGAAGGCCGUGCUGAAGGACACGGGCGUGGACGCCAAUGAUGACAUGAUGAUGAUUGGCGCCGUGAAGCCGCCCAAGGAGCACGCCUUUGUCGCCGCGCACCAGUUCCGCUGGCUGUUGUCUCAGGUUUGUGCUCAUGAUAGUUAUACAAGCGUUCUUAUGAUGUUGUAGAAGUAAAUUCUAGGGCCAUGGCGGAAUUGUAGAAGUAGUUUAUUUAGGAAAACUUGGCACCUGCUUGAAUCAC